AUGGCGUUCUUAUUUAAAAGGAAUCCCAAGACACCACAAGAACUAGUUAGAGCAUUGAAUGAACUGGUUGCCAAACUAGAUUCUACCAGUGAUAAUAACAAGAAGUAUCAGGAUGAAUGCGGUCGAUAUUUGAAACAAGCGAAGAUAAUAUUGCAUGGUGAUGAUGAAAAUGAUCCUCAGCCAGAUCAAAUUUCACUUCUAGCACAGGAGAUCUAUUCGACAGAUUGUCUUUAUUAUCUAAUCGUUAACUUGAAGAAGUUAGAUUUUGACUCUAGAAAGGAUGUACUCAAUUUACUUCUGACUUUAUUACGACGGCAAAUAGGGAGCAAGUCUCCCACAGUUGAGUAUUUGCUUUCGAAGCCAGAAAUAAUACUUUUAUUGGCAAAGGGUCCCGAAACGCCAGAGAUUGGCUUAAUAUGUGGACAGCUUUUGAGAGACUGUAUCAAAUUUGAGUCGAUCAAUAGAUUUGUUCUUUUAAGCCCAACGUUUUGGAAUUACUUUAAGUAUGUCCAAGUACCAGUAUUCGAGCUUGCCACUGAUGCAUUUAGCACAUUGCAUGAUCUAUUAACUAUUCAUAAAAAGCUUGUGUCUGAAUUUCUAUCGAAGAAUUACGAUGCAUUCACUUCUAACAUUAACAAACUUAUUCAGUCUGAUAACUAUGUGACCAAAAGACAAAGUGUGAGACUUUUAUCAGAAUUAGUUCUACAAAGACAAGAUCAAUUCUUUUUAAACAAAUAUUUUGAUGAUACAAAUAACUUGAAAUUGAUCAUGAUACUUAUGUGUGACAAACUGAAAAAUUUGCAGAUCGAAGGCUUCCAUAUUUUCAAGUUUUUCGUUGCGAAGCCAAAGAAGUCACAACGCAUUUUAGACAUAUUGAUAAAAAAUAAGGAGAACUUCCUCGAGUUUUUCAAAACUUUCAAUGUGACUAGCUCAAAUGACCUUAACUUGGUUGAUGAACGAGAUUAUAUAUUGAGUGAAAUUCAAAAAUUACCGGAUAUAGAAAGAAUUCAUUGA